CCAAACAAGCCAGAAUCAUGUCAGCUCUGCAAUGUCUUCUGGCAUGUUUCAUGCUGUCGCUAAUAGCGCUGAAAUCACCAUGUUUAGGAACUGGUUCAGCGUCGUGUUCUCUACAGAUUGGCAAAGUUUGGUUGCAUACCUAUACAGGAGUCAUUGUUUGCAAUGAUGUGACUGAAGAUAUGCUUUACGGUUGGACGCUGACCAUCAGGUUUGGCAAAGCACCCUUGAAUUUACUGUUGUGGAACGUCGUCGAAAUUGAAGAUCCGAAUAAUGAUCCCUUAGUCAAAAUGUAUGAAGACAAUAAAUACAAUGCUAAACUACUCAGUGGCGAAUCUUUGUAUAUACCCUUCAAGUCCGAUUAUAAUGGAUCACUACCCGAAGUGCAAGGAGAAAUAACAUUAACAAAGAAAAUUACCCCUGGGAUUACCACUCCGGCCGCGACUGUUGCACCUACCGGCACCACACAGAAACCUACAAAUUACGACUACAAUGAUGUACUAAAAAAAAGUAUUCGAUUCUACGACGCUCAGAGGUCAGGUUUACUGCCAGACAACGACAUACCGUGGAGGGAAAGCUGCUUUCUAGAUGACACGUGUUUUGGUCAUGAUCUGACAGGUGGAUGGCAUGACGCUGGUGAUUUUUUGAAAUUCAGUUAUCCGAUGGCUUUUUCUGUCACGGUGUUAAGUUGGGGUAUUGUAGAUUACUAUGACGCUUACGUCGCGGCAGGAGAAGCAGAGCAUGCCGUCAAAAGUCUGAAAUGGGCCACCGAUUACUUAAUAAAAUGCCACAUCGCCAAGUACGAAUUUGUGUACCAGGUGGGAAACCCUGGUGAUGAUCACCUUUACUGGGGUCGACCAGAAGAUUUUACGGGCAUACGACCAUGCUACACGAUUACCGCUUCUAACCCAGGAUCCGAGGUUGUGGGGGAGGCAGCAGCAGCACUUGCCGCUGCUGCCCUAGCAUUCGAUAAAGUGGAUUCCGUGUUAUACAAAGAUUAUGUAAUUCUCUUGAUAACACAUGCCAAGGAAUUGUUUGAGUUUGCUACGGAAUAUAGAGGUGAAUACGUGAGUGUUGACGGUUACUAUAGUGCCUCCACAUUUGGAGACGAGCUCGCAUGGGCUGCUAUUUGGCUAUACCGCGCCACCAACGAGCAAGUGUAUUUGGACAAUGCGACUGCCCUAUACACUGAAUAUAAUCUCAAAGGAAGCUCGUAUUCAUUUGCGUGGGCUCACAAGAAAACAGGCGUUCAGGCGCUGCUGUGUAAACUUGUUGACUUCUCGUAUUGUGUACAGGUGGACAAAUUUAUUACAAACUAUCGCCCUGGGGGUGUUCUGACUUACACCCCGAAAGGUUUGGCGUAUCGUUCACCCUGGGCUCCAUUGCGAUAUGCAGCUGGGGCUGCGUUCAUCGCUUUAUACGUAGCCGACUUACAGACUAAUGCCACCGUGGCCGCGGAAUACAAGGCCUGGGCGAAAUCACAAAUUCAUUAUAUACUGGGAGACACGGGGCGCAGCUACGUCAUUGGAUUCGGGGUAAACUUUCCUACGCGACCACAUCACAGAGCAAGUUCGUGUCCAUUGCCACCAGAGGCAUGUAACUGGGGAACCUUCAGUGAUCCAGGUCCAAAUUCGAAUGUUCUAGAAGGAGCGUUGGUUGGAGGACCCAAUGCAACUGACGUAUAUUUUGACGACCGCGAAAACUACUACCAGAGUGAAGUAGCAUGUGACUACAAUGCAGCUUUCCAGUCUGCAGUUGCUGGUGAGUUUAAUAUGACGGAAUUCCACAGUAAUUUUUAA